UCUCCAUGGUAUUUACGAAGCCUUACUGUAUCGUUAAAUCAAAAUCCAUUUAUUUUUAGUUUUACUACAAUAAUUUGUCUUGUGUUAAAAUAAAAAUUAUUUAUAAUUUAUAAAAAAAAAGUAACAUAUAUCAAUUGUAAAAAAAAUCUCUGGGACAAUGGAAGAAUUACAAAAAAAAUUGCAAAAUGAAGUAGAAGUUUAUAAACAAAUUCAACGAGAUUAUCACAAGGCAUUGAUAAAUCGUCAACAACUUGAUGGUCAACUAAACGAAACAACAACUGUAAAAGAUGAAUUGUAUUUGCUGAAAUCUAGUAAUGAAGUAUUUAAAUUAAUCGGACCAGUAUUGAUAAAACAAGAUUUGGAUGAAGCCAAACAAAACGUGAAUAAACGUAUUGAAUUCAUUACUAAUGAAUUAAAACGAGUAGACACCUUAAUCAAUGAUUUAGACGCUAAACAAGAAAGUCAACGUGAAAGUCUUGAUAAAUUGCAACAAAUGUUCCAAAUGGCUCAACAAAAAGCUGCUGUAAAAGCCUAAAAAAAAAAAAAAAAAAAAAAAAAAAACAAACCAUGUGUUUUUGAAUUAAGAAAAAGUCAUUCAGUUGUCUAUCAAAAAUCUCAUUCAUGAUAUACAUGUUUUUACUAUUUUCGUUUAAACUAAAUAAAUAAUUAUUCUGAAAAUUA